AUGAUUUCCUUGAUUAGCCUUCUCUCGUUCACCGCCGCAGUGGCAUCCACCGCUCUGGCUGCGGCGUCUCCCAAGAACUUUUCCGCUCAUCGACACCACCGGCGCGACAACUCCAACUCCAAUUCCAACGCCGCUGGACCCCCCGACCCCGUUCGCCAGCUGCUGUACAUGGCCCCCGACUCCAACACGUGCGACGGCGCCACGUACCCGAACGAAUGUGCCGUGUCGUCGCUGCCCGUCGUGCAGGCCCUCGUCGACGGCUUUGCCAAGUACAACGUCACCACGGCGCCCGAACAGGCCGCGCUGCUCUCCUGGAUGGUCUACGAGAGCGGCCAGUUCAAGUACAACCGCAACCACUUCCCCGCGCCGGGCCGGCCGGGCCAGGGCACCCGCUCCAUGAUGUCCCCGACCUUUGUGCAGCAGUACGCCAACUCGAUCCCUGAGCUGCAGGCCAAAGUCGCCGCCAUCGCGCCCCCCCCAGCGGCAGGGACCUCCCUCACGAGCGCCCAGGCCGACCAGGUCCUCGCCCUCGUCCAGCCGGACAAAUACUCCUUCGCCGCCGCGGCGUGGUACUACGGCACCCACUGCACCGACGCCCAGAAGAAGCUGGUCCGUCAGGGCGGCCAGAAGAAUUGGGAGGACGCCUUCAUCACCGGCUGCGUGCAGACCACCAUCGACGACGACAGGAUUGCCUACUGGAAGAAGGCGUGUGAGGCCCUGGGGGUCACGGUGAAGCCGUGA